AUGCAAGCCUGGCUCUACAGCACCACGCACCCGACCCUCGAACAAAACCUCACCCUCACACCCAGCGCCCCAACCCCCCCACCCCCAAAAAACACCCAACUCCUCAUCCGCGUCCACACCUGCGCCCUAAACCCAGCCGACUACAAAGUCCCCACCAUGCCUGUGAUCUCAACCCUCCUGAUCCGCAAACCCGCCAGCCCCUGCCUCGACUUCGCAGGCGAAAUCGUCUCCACUGGCCCGAACGUCCCCUCGACUCUCACCCCGGGCAAACUCGUCUACGGCACCCUCCCGCUCCCGACCCAGUUCGGUCCACUGGCCGAAUACGUUGUCGCCGAGGCCGAGCAUGUACAGAUAAUCCCCGAAGGGGUUGAGGUAGACCACGCCGCGACGGUGGGUGUAGCGGGGCAGACGGCGUGGCAGGCCAUCGCGCCGUACGUGACGCCUGAUGCAGGGGACAAGGUAUUGAUCGUGGGAGCGUCGGGCGGGUGUGGGAUCUACGGUGUACAGAUAGCGAAGGCGCUGGGGUGUGAGGUGACGGCUGUGUGUUCGGGGAAGAAUGUGGAGUUUGUGAAGGGGUUGGGGGCGGAUGAGGUGAUUGAUUAUACGGUGGAGGAUGUGGUGGAGGUGAUGAAGGCGAAGGGGAAAGUGUAUAAGUUGGUGGUGGAUCAUGUGGGCGAGCCGUGGGAGUUGUAUCGGGAGAGUGAGAAGUUUAUGGUGCGGGGAGGUGUGUUUACGCAGGUUGGGGCAAACUGGAUGCCUACGUUUGCAGUGAGGUUUAUUCGGCCGGGGUUUCUGGGUGGGGGUAGGAUGAAGUAUGUGCCGAUCUUUUGGAAGAGUAAUAAGAAGGAUUUGACCAAGGUGGGGGAGUUGAUUGCCGAGGGGAAGGUGAAGGUCGUGUUGGAUAGUGUUUUUAGGUUUGGGGAUGCGCCGAAGGCGUUUGAGAAGCUGCGUGGAGGGAGGGCGAGGGGGAAGGUUGUGGUUCAUGUGACGGAGAGGUCGUGA